UUAUUCUGUUGUGUUUGAUUAUAAACGAUCCCAAUUCCAGGCCACCGCUCGUCGCGGAUUUUGGUUGUCUCACCCUCAGCUCUUGUUAUUUCGGCGUCGAGAACUCGUUCAUCGGGGCUUCGUGUCGUCGUUAGGAAUACACUAAGAGAUUUGUCCUUGAUAGAUUUUGAUUUCUGUUCCAUUUUCUAUCUACGAGGCGUAGAACCAGGAGUGGUUGUCGUCGUCGCUGCGAGGUAAGUAUGUCGAGCAAGUUCCGCUGCAACUUUUUACUGAUUGAGAAAAGUAUAUCAUUGUUAACAGCGAAAGGUGAAAUCAGUAUAAGUGCCAGACGUUAGACUCAUGGAGUGUGAUAAUGCAUGAGUAUAGGAUAAAACCUUUAUUUGUUAGUUGCCUUUGGGCUUGCCAUAGAUUGCCAUCUUAAAUUAAUACAAAUGCAUGCCUGCUUUACUUUGGGAAUGUUUCCAGAUAAAAUCUUGUCUUUCUGACUCGCUUAAUUUAUUCUUGGUGGGGGAAAAAAAGGAAGAAGGAAUCACUUUUGGUUAGGUUGUAAUUGGGCUAUGAAGCCAGUCACUUACAUCUUAUGGUUACAGUUUCUUCUUUGAAGAUGAAAACAUUGCAUUAUAAUCUUUAUUUCUAAGAAAUUUUUUAGUAGUACUUUAAACAAGUCUUCAGUAUUUGUAGUAUGACUAGCAUCAUUUAUUCUUCUAGCUGCUACCAGUGUAGCCACUUCAUAUGAUUUGCUAACUUAAUAUCUAAAGUGCGCUUUAUUUUUUGAGCUCGGGGUAUAGUCAGAACUGCCAAUCGGACGUGCGGAGAGUUUUUAUUUAUUGGCUGGCAUAAUGAAGGAUCACUGCAUCUGGAAUUGAGUCUUUCUUGAGCACGUGGCAAAGUUAUAAUGUCUUGGCUUCUAAAUUCAACUCUUAAUGGUUCAACAUCUAAUCUUGCGGACUCCUCAGGCCGACCCUAUACCACAUUGUUUUCUGGCCAGUCUGCGGCAGUGCCUGGGUUCCAUCCUUCUGGUGGUCUUCAAGGAUUGCAUAAUAUUCAUGGAAGCUUCAACCUGCCAAAUGUGCCUGGUUCGCUUGCAUCCAGAGAGGCCGCAAUGGGUGUUGUACCAUCAGGUGGUGUUCAGCAACCAGGAGGAAGCAUUCCUAGUGGACGGUUCUCAUCAAACAAUCUUUUGGUUGCAUUAUCUCAGAUGCCUCAUGGCUCUGGUGUCACAAAUAGAGGGGGUAUUAAUGUUGUUGGAAAUCAUGCUUUUAAUAGUAGUAAUAUUAAUGGAGUCACUGGGUCAAUAACUGGUAUUUCCUCAAGUUCAGCUUCUGGGAAUCGUAGUUCUGUUCCUGGUUUUGGAGUUUCUCCAGUAUUGGGUAAUGUAGGGCCAAGACUUGCAAGCUCUGUAGGUAACAUUGUUGGCAGUGGUAACAUGGGAAGAAGCAUCAGUUCUGGAGGAUUAUCUGUGCCCGGUUUAGCUUCACGGGUAAACUUAGCUACUAAUAAUGGGUCAGGGAGUCUCAAUGUACAAGGAACCAACAGAUUAAUCAGUAGCAUGCUUCAACAGGCCACACCGCAAAUGAUUGGUAUGCUUGGUAGCUCUUAUCCUACAUCAGGAGGAUCACUAUCUCGGAGCCAAGGUGGGAAUAAUCCUUUAAGCUCUAUGGGAAUGUUGAAUACCAUCAAUGCAGCUGAUAGUUCUCCUUUUGAUAUGAAUGAUUUUCCUCAAUUAACUUCAAGGCCUAGCUCAGCUGGAGGCCAACAAGGACACUUAGGUGCAAUACGGAAGCAAGGAGUUGGUGUUAGCUCCAUUGUCCAGCAAAAUCAUGAAUUUAGCAUACAAAAUGAAGAUUUCCCAGCUUUGCCUGGAUAUAAAGGUGGUAGCUCUGAUUUUUCAGUGGAUUUGCAUCAAAAGGAGCAACUUCAUGAAAAUAUUUCUACCAUGCAGUCGCAACAUUUACCCUUUGAUAUCAACCAGAUGACACGAUCUGGCGGAUUUAGCUUAGGAGGAACUUUUCAAUCUAACCUGCAGCAACAGCAGCUGCAUACUACCACAGCCCAUACUGGUGAGCUGCCUUUUGCCCCUGGAAACACUCAAGACCUACGUUCACAUGGCUCUGAUUUCUUUCCUUCUCAUGGUAAUUAUCAUUCACAGAUUCAAAACAGUGGAGACCCUAGUAUUGGGUUGAGACCGUUGAACUCUCCUACACCAGCUUCUGGUAUGAGUAUGUAUGAGCAACUGAUUCAGCAAUAUCAACAACCACAAAGUCUUUCUCAACUUCGACUACAGCAGAUGUCUGAUGUUAGCCAGUCAUAUAGAGAUCAAAAUGUAAAGUCCACUCAGGGGUCACAAUUACCGCCUGGUCCAUUUGGCAUGCUUGGAUUAUUGAGUGUUAUUAAUACGAAUGAUCCAGAUCUAACAUCUCUUGCAUUGGGAAUUGAUUUAACAACAGUAGGACUGAGCUUGAGCUCUACAGAUAGUCUUUAUAAAACAUUUGGUUCUCCAUGGUCUGAUGAGCCUGCCAAGGGGGAGCUUGAGUACUGCAUUCCAACAUGUUAUUAUGCCAAAACACCACCACCUCUACAUCAACUACAUUUCUCCAAAUUUCAGCUAUCAACCCUGUUUUACAUCUUCUACAGCAUGCCAAAGGAUGAAGCUCAACUUUAUGCAGCUUCUGAACUGUAUGCCCAUGGAUGGUUCUACCACAGAGAUCAACAGUUGUGGUUUACAAGAGUUCCCAACUCGGAGCCUCUUGUCAAGACACAUUCUUAUGAAAGAGGAUCAUACCUUUGUUUUGAUCCAAACACGUGGAGUACAGUUUUGAAGGAGCACUUUGUUUUGCAUUAUGAAGCAGUGGAAAAGAAACCAGUACUCCCUUCUGAUCGCCUUUAGGGUUUAUCAAAAGAAAUCGUCCAUGUAAAGCAGGUGUUGUCACAUUUAGAAUAAACCGUUCUAAUCUAUUCAUUUUGUAGAUUGGAGUAUUUCUCUAGGGUUUUCAUCUUGGUUAGUUUAUCCAUGUAAUCAAAAUUUCUGUAAUUUGUAGAGCCAGCAAGGAUAUAUUUUUUUA